AUGGCGCACGAGGCGUACCGGCAGUGGGUGUGCGCGACGCUGGUGCCGGCGUUCGUGGGCGGGCGGCGCGUGCGGCCGUGCCGGGCCGUGUGCCAGCGCGUCGAGCAGCGCUGCCCCUUCUUCCUGCCGGGCGACCGCGCGCCCAACCUGCCCACGCAGUACGCCGGCGAGCCCACCUUCCUGUGCCUCGAUACCAACAUCCCGGAGACGGGGGAGCAGCGCGAGCGGUCGCUGUUCGCGGACGAGCCGGCGGGCGAGUGCUGCUUCCGGCCGUGCGAGGGCGGCGGCGGCGGCGGCGGGGGUUGGGAAGCGCUCCUCGGUGCUACUCGCGAGCCGCGGUCAGCUGAUAGGCGAGCCGGCGCCGUUGAGGUAGGCAUCCCUUCGGGCGUCGGCGGCAGCGGGCGAGCAUCGGGCGCGGCGCGGCGCGGCGGUCGCAGGCAGUCGGAUCAAUAG